UUGCAAGGAGUAACAAGAGUACUGUUGAUAUUAGAGCAUCCAUAUUAUUUUGGCCGCAACGAUAGGGCGUGCUUUUUGCUUUCAAAGGUGGUUCGGAGAUUUGCAGCCCAAAUCGGGUAAACCCUGAUACUUGGCUCUUCUAAACUGCCCGGAAUUAUACUCGAAAGUAUUCGUGGAAAGGUCCGGUCAAGUAGGCAAUAGAGCUCUUAGAUGAAAUAAUAACCUUUGACUUUUAAGAGUGGUCUAGAUUUAGGUAUCAUAGGCUAUCCUCCCUUGCUUUGUGGAUUUCCUGUCUUUGAGCUUCCUGGGCUUUGUACGUAGAUAAUUUAUCUCUCUGCUGCCUUCACAAGGUGGUUGUGCAGAUCAGUUGCUAAAAGGUGGAAAAUUGCCUGAUGAAAAAACGGGAGAAGUGUAAAAGGUUCCUGACAAACCCACCGUUUGCCUUGCUUUGCAUUCUUGGGAGAAACCCUUAGAAUAGAUAGUCUUUGUGAGAGGGAAUGGGAUUAAUUGGAAGGAAUCUGUCUGAACAAUGCACAUCCUUGCAUCCAGUGCUGCUCUUAUUAGUGAACAACUUAUUUUUAAACAGUUUCUGGAGAUAGAUUUUCUGCUCUUCGGGCCAAGGUUUAGCAUUAGUAGCACAUGAGUAGGCAAAACUUGUAAGUAGUGGGCAGCUAUUUCCUGACCUUUACUAGUUUGUCCUCAGGGAGCUAUUUGUGCCUACCCAAUUCCCAGCCCAUCUGAUCUCCUCUUCCCCUGAAGAGAAAUGCAAGGAGUCAACCGGCUAUGUUUUCUAUUAAUCCAUAUGCAGUGGGAGGAAAUGAGCAGAGGGCAAAGGUUAUUCAUGGGUGUCUGAAGAGUGAAAUCAUUUGUUUCCUUGGAUUAAAUUUGCAACAUCCUUUUUUCUUCUUCUUUUUAAGUAAUUAUGUGAAAGGUUCAUCUGUAUGAACCUCUGUAUGAAAAGGUGUUUGAAAAAAAUGGAGAUUUUUGCCCCUCCUGCACCUAAUUGAUGUCUAUAUGUUAUAGACCCUGUUGAAAAGUGAUGUGUAUAUUGAGCUGUAAUGUCUACACUUGGUUGAUUAAUCAACCAUCUGUGCCUUGUUUGAACAGAUCAGAAUGGGGAUUGAGAUAUACCAGAACUGUUGUUAUGAGUUAUUGCAAAAGAAAACACUUCACAUUUGGACUAAGAAUUUGAGUUACAAACUGAUUUAAUGUUCAUUGGCCCAUAUCUUUCUGAGUGAUGCUGUUUUUGCUAAUAUAUAUAAGCAGAGAUUGAUGGAAUCAGUAUCAUCAACUAUUGUAUUUUUAUGUCAUCUUUCCUACAGCACACAACGUAUUCCAACCCCACCCCUAAAAUAGCCCUAUGAAAUAUCAGUCUGGAAGACAAUAUCUGGGUUCAAAUAAUUCAAUAAUGUUCAUACCUAAACAAAUAUUUAAAAUCUCAAUUCUUUUUAACUUACAAUAACAUUAUUAUACUUAUUCUCAAAUUUUAGGCACCUCAUUAAUCUUCACUGCAUCUGAAAAAAAUGCAACAGUACAGCAUCCUAGCUUGCUGUAAUAGAGUGUAAAGAUCUAAAAUGAUGUACUGAUAUCCUAAAAGAAAGCUUAUAAUAUAAAUACUAAGCUUGUUAUGGUUAGCCAGAAAUUGAAUACUGUGAUUUCUUUGUAUUUUGUACAUGCUCCACACUAAGAUGUACAUCUGAGCCAAGUAGCUUAAUAUGGUAGAGAAAUAGGAUGCCAAGAAUAACAUUCUAAAUUCAGUUGUUGUGAAUCUUCCUAAACAGUUCCUUGGCUAAGUGUGACUAAGCUUUACAAAAAUAUACUUGUAUUCUCCUAACGGUCUCUUGGUAUCUACAGCUGGAAACUGUUGGCUAAAUUACAGUGAUGGAUAGCAAAACGGAUCAGCUGUUAGGAGUAUGGAGUGGUUCUGAUCUGACUGGGAAGAGGGGCAUUGGAAUGAGUGGGAAUAGAAAAGUCUCCAUUCUCUUUUCCUGGAAACAUUCCCUUAGUAGUGGCUGUCCAAACAGAUAGGGCUGCUUUAGUGAGUCACAAAUAAGUUCAUGCUCCUAUGGCUUCUGCAGACCUCUAAAUCAAAUCCAAAAGCACUGAAGGGCUUGUUCUUGCACACUAGAGUGGCACUGAGGAAGUAAUAUUGGGAUUGGCUUUCUUCCUCAUCCUUAACUACUUAAAUAUAGCCUGGAGACUUAUGAAUUAUGUAUUGCACGUGUCUUUUGUUGCUAAUGUUUUGGUUUUUUUUAAUCCUGGUUCAUGACAAUUCAUGAACAGGCCUUGGAUCUUCACCAGUGUACCCUUAUUUAGGUAGAACAUGAGCUAUUUUGUUUGGUGGAUUUGCUAGCUGAGGAUAAAGCAAGUAGUUUGUGGUUUAAUAUCAGAUCCUAGCUGUGGUCUUGUGUGAACUAGGUUAUUGUGGUAAGAGAAACCAGGAGACUGAAUUUAGGCAUGAAAGCCUGGCUGGGUAAUUUGGGCCAGCCAUAUUCUCUCAAUUCAACCUACCUCACAGGAUUGUUGUGGGGACAAUAGGAGAAGGAAGGCAUACUAGGAAUGUUUGUUGCUUUGGGUUACUUAUAAAGGAAUAAAUGCCCGAUAAAAAUCUAAUAAUACCAUAUAGUGAAUUCAGCAGUUGUAUUUAUUAACCUAGGAUUUGGAUUUAGCAUGCUAUAUAAACCUGAUCUACCUGUAUUCAACUAUGGGUGUGUCCAAAACUAAUUUUCCAGAGAAAGAGAGAGCAGCACAGGCUGCUUGUGUAUAUUCAAAUACAAUACUGGUAUGCAGCACAGUACGGUACUUAUCUAUUACCAAGGAGCAAUCAGUAUUGAAAAUGUAGCCAAGUAUAUCUCAAAACUCUUCAACGUAUCCUUCGUAUUUAUUUUGAUGUUAAAUCUUCUAAAAUGGAAAUUCCAAAUAUAAUUCAUGAUAUGACAGGAUAGUUCAGUGCUUCCCAAGAGAAAUUAGAGGGGAGAGUGUUAAAUCAGUUAUCAUUGGGAGAUAUUGGAAUCAUUGGGAGAUGGGUGGCGUGCAUAUUUAAUAAGAUAAACAAUGGGAAGCUUUAAAUUUAGAGUAUCAGAAAUGAGAAAAACCCAGAGGUUUGGUUGCAGAUCUGCUAUUAGUUGUCCAAAGUAUUGUAUUCUAGUAGUAUAACUUAGGCUUGAGAGAAGGAAUCAUAUUAGUUUAAACCACGGGUGUCAAACAUGCAACAUCACGUGAUGUGUCGUGACGUAUCAAGACUUUUUUCCCCAUUGCCUGCAAUGGGGUAGGCGUGGUUUUGGUGUGACGCAUCUGGCCUGCGGGCCGGCAAUUUGACACCCCUGGUUUAAACAGUGGUAAUCAGAAGUCUGCUGUCACUCAGACACUCGCAGUAAUUCCAGAUCAAUCAUUAGUUCAAUCCUCUUGGAGCCCAUUUUAUCAGAGGCAGACAGUUGGUAUCAUUUAAUAGGUAAAAUUGUGUUUAUUCUUGUCCUCACUCCUUCAUAAUUCUGAUUUUAAACAAUGGGACCAGAAAGUCAUGAAAUUCAAAAGCUGUAGGGUGCAGAGAGAACGUGCUUUUAGUAGAGAUUUUUUAUAAAUCCUGUUUGUGGCAGACCCUCAAAUCUUGUGUGGAAUGUAAACAAUUUUUUAUUUAAUUCUCUCUUUUGGGUAUGUUAAUCUUAAUCAUUGCAGUUUUAUCCUGUUACCCUGAAGAGAGUAGUUUUCAUUGCUGUGAUCAGGAUAAUAUGAAUGUUUUCUGUUGCUUUAAAUUGUAUUCUUCAUCACCAAUAAAUCUCCACAGCAGUAUUUUUUUUUUCCAUCUUUCCUCUUCAGGUAAGACAUCUCUUGCUCACCAGUUCAUUGAUGGGGAAUUUCUGGAAUGCUAUGACCCCACUGUGGAAAGCACUUACAACAAAAUGUUGAUGGUGGGAAAGGAUGAAUUCCACUUGCAGCUUGUGGACACUGCGGGACAGGAUGAAUACACUAUAUUGCCUCACUCGUUUAUCAUUGGCAUCCAUGGCUAUGUGCUGGUCUAUUCUGUCACAUCUCUCAGAAGUUUUCAGGUGGUGAAGUCCCUGCACAGCAAGUUAUAUGAAAGCAGAGGGAAGACAAGGAUGCCUGUAGUGCUUGUUGGCAAUAAAGCUGAUCUGUCAUUAGAAAGUCGUCAGGUAAAGACGGAUGAAGGCCGGAAACUGGCUGAUUCAUGGGGCGCUGUGUUCUUGGAAUCCUCAGCAAAAGAAAACCAGAUGACUCAAGGUGUCUUCACAAAGGUCAUUGAAGAAAUUGAUCGUGUGGAUAAUUCCUAUGGCGAACAGCGCAAUUGCACCAUAAUGUGAUGCUGCUUUCCCCCAUCUGAGGCUGCUCAGCCAGUGGGAGGGUGGGGGUAAAGCACUGAUCCAGGCCAAUUCAGGGCAGGUAUUGUGACUACCUAGAGCCCUGAUCAGCAGGCCUGAAUUAACUUACGGGUAACUCACACACAGAUACAAUUAUACCUCAUCACUGGUCCUCCAUGGGAGGCGGCCAUGUUUUGCACAUUAGUUUGCUGGAAGCAAUCCAUGUAUGUAUUUCCUGUACAUAUAUGUGUGUGUGUGUGCAUGUGUAACGUAUUGCCAAAUGUUUACAGAAGUGGGAGCCACAACAGGAUCUAGUUAGGAUUGUUAUAUAGGGACUCAUCUGUGUAUUUAUAACAAAAAUUACAAUCGGCUCAGCAAUUUACAAAAGGAACUGUUCACAACUCAGUGUAACGGAGGCAGCUGAAUGUAACAUUUCCCAGUGGGAUCCGCUAAAGGCCAGUAGUUUGUUUGAUAGUUUUGCUUUGGUGAUAGCUGAGCCUUGGAUCUAGGUGUGUAAGUCAGUUUUCAGUUGUAGUUCUUGCCACAUGUGGCCUUAUUUUUUUUAUCAGGGUGAAAUUUCAUGACGCAGCCUGGAUCCAAAGUAGGGUUUUUUCUUUGCUAGAAAUCACAAUGUGGCUGAUGUCUUAGCAGUGCUUAGUCAACUUCUCUUUGGUUAUGCAAAUAAACAAACUUCUUUAAGGACAAUAUUUUUGUGGAGGAGAGGAAAGAACCUUUCGUUACAUUUCAGUGCACUAAGCACUGUCCUAAUUGCAUUGAGCCUCUUUGUAUAGCAGUUGUCUAGUUUGGCUUAAUCAUGUAUAUAUAUAUAUAUAAAAAGCAAGAUGGAAAAGGAUACUCCCAAGCCUGACAAACGUUUCCAGGUCUUGCCUAUAAUUGUGGCCUCUUUUUGGAGGCUUUCUGAAAUGCUGCAAAGGAGUUUGUAAGGCAGUAGCUGUAAAAAGGACUUAAGGACUGGGCUGAUCUUCAGUUGCAGCAGUGUUUCUCAAACUCGACAACGUUUAAGAUACGUGUGGAUUUCAACACCCAGAAAUCCCCAGCCAGCCACUGGGGAAUUUGGCAAGUUGAAAUCACACAUCUUAAAAGUUGUUGAGUUUGAGAAACGCUGAGUAGCAGGAAUAGAGUUGUAUUUUGUUCUUCGUGCACAUUUUUGGGGGUGGUGGUGGGGGAAACUGAAAAGGGAGGCACUUUCAUGAAUAUGUGUCUAUAAAACCCUAUAAAACGCUGCAUGACCCUGCUGAGGUGCAGAAGCAAAGCUAAGAGGCAGCAGUUUGAGCUGAAACUUUACAAUUUUUGACUUCCCCUUUUGCUAAGCUACCUUUUGCCUUGAAUUAGGCAUGUUAGCUUAAUAAUGUAACAUACAUAAAUAGAGUUUGUUUGUGUAGAUAGAUGUAUAUAUAAGAAUGAAAAAUGAAGCUUUUUAAGUAGUUUCUUGUCAAUGAAAUGGCCAGUCUCUCUGUUGAUCACGUGCUUUAGUCUGAGCCUAAACAGCAUUGCUGUGAUUUUCCUUUGGCGUCUUUGACUUGGUUGGGCACACAUGAGCAUGGCAUUUAAUGCUGGAAAUGGGAUUCCAGGCUAAAACGGAGUGCUGAACACUGAAGGGAAUGAGUGUGCCUAAGCUUCGUGGACUGCAGGGUGAGCCUUUAGAAAUGAGCUCUCCAGUGAAGCACAAUAAACUUUAAUCUAGAAAAAGUGGGGAGAAUUGCUUUGAUGUUGUGGAAAGUACGUGCAUUUUAGCAGCCAUAGUCUUACCAAAAGCACAUCCUUUAUUUUCAUAGUUCUUCUUGCCAAAAGCUGGUCCUCUGUGCUGAGGGGACUUGAAUCUUGGGCCAUCCUCACCUUUUUCUGCAGUCCCUACACAGCUAUUUUCCAGAUGAAAUAUUUUUUUUUGAUUGUUGUGUCAGUGCAUAUGUUGGUUUUGGUUAUGCUAUUUUUCAGAAAAGCUUUUCUUUUAAAGAUGUUCCCAGAAUGCUUUUUGCAAGACCACUAGGAAUGCUUUAUGCAUUCAGAAUGAAAUUGGAUGCAUAGACAGGGAAAGGGAUGGAUAAAGAUUAUUGUUAAAAAUCCUAGUUUGGGACGAGUAGUCUCCUUGUACAUUAUUUUCAGUUGUAAAAAUUGCUUUUUUGAAUGAGAGCUUUGAGAUGAUAGAUGAAUUGCUCUCAGAAUGAAUUCACCUGAUCCCUGUACUUGGUAGGUGACCAUUCUAUAAGGGAUUUAUUUUGCAUUUUAUUGGAGUUUCAGGAAAUACUGUUUCUGUGUGUUGUUGCUUCAUUUCUACAGUGCUGAGUACUUUGCCCAGAUCUUGUUUUGAACUAUAAAACCUUUACUUCAAAUUUCUUCCCGUUAAUAAAUGUGAUUAUUACUGCUAGCCCUGAAGAGGAGAUGUGUGCAACUUUGUCCACAUCUUUUGUCAUCUCCUGAUCCUUUUUCAACAGACUAUAGCCAGGGCUGAAAUAUCUCACCUAUCUUAUUCUCUGGAUCCUGCAGCAUUUCCCCUAUUACAGCUCCGUAUUAUUGUUUUAUACAUAUUAUUGGCUAGAAACGUUGCAGUCUACAAUCUGGCUGUCAGUUUAAGUAGGAAGCGAGUCAUAGAUUUCCAUGCCAAAAUAUCUUCAGAUUGCAUUGCAAUAAACUAAAAUAAAUUGGCAAAUUGCCUUCAUGGAACAGAUAGAAGGCAUUUGGCCAGAUUUAGUAUUCCUAAUUAAAGCGAUCUUUCCAAACAUGGCUUUGUUUUCCAGGAGCUGAGUUUUGGACUUAAUUGUCCUUGCACGCAUGAAGUCUUGCUUUCAAAUUGUGGGUCAGUUAAGGAGAGGGAUAGGAGGUAAGCAAUAAGCUGGGUGGGAGAAAAAAAAAAUUGGGUGUUAGCAAAUCCAGGUUCUGCCAUUCAGAAUGUUGGCUGGCUUUGCCGGCCAGCAUCUCUCUCAAGGAUGUGGAUGCUGAGGGCUUCUUUCCAGCAAUGUCACCCGCUUGGAAAGUCUAGUCCGGGGCCCAGAGGAGAUGUUUUAAAAUAGUGCAGGCUGCCUCUAUAAGGUCACUUAGUUGUGGAGUGCUUCCAUUGCCCAUUUGAAAAGGUGUAUAGUACAACUCUGUUAUAGAAUUUACAUGGUUGCUUGCAUUUUUUGGAGGAAGCCCUGAAUGGGGUGAAGCCUCUUUGUCUGUCCUAGAAACUAAUGUUAUAAAGCUGUCUGCUUUUGAAUGCCAGUUCCCUUGGGGCUGCUUUAAUGAUGAAAAUAUAGAGUAUGUUUCCUGUGAAAUAACUGUUAAUGCUAGCUGUGAAUUACAGUGUAUCAGCAAACCUGGAAUUUACACAGUUGGGAAAGGCUGUGUCACAUUGGUAUCUAGACCUUUUUUAUUGCCAUGUACUGUAUACUCAUGAUUAACAGGAGCGCAUCAUACAAGAUUGAAUUUGAUAAAUCCACGUGUUUAAUUUCAAAUCUAGUCUGUUUUGUGUCGGUGAAAGGCAGCCUUGUAGGUGUCCUAAGAUAGAAGUUGGCUUUUCAAAUGACUGCCAUACAGGCCUGCUUAAGUCCGUGGCCCAAUCGAUGUUACUGUAGGAUGUGAUUUCACUCUAGCAUCUCUUUCUGUAAAGGUGGAUCUAUAUUUUUGUUUUGCAAAUCAGUAUGAGGCUUAGGUUGCCUUGUAAGAAACAUUCUGGAAAUAAAGUUGAUGCUAGAGGCUUGUAUUUUGCUUUAUACUGUGCCAGCUUUUCAUUUUAUCUUAUUCUGUUUUCAGUGUAAAUACUCUAUUAAAGUGAAUCAAGAUUGUCCUUUAAAUGAGAUUUCUGUAUUGAAAUCAAGAACAUUGGGGGGGGGGAUGGCAUUAGACAAUAGAACAAGGAUUGGGAGGGAGUUCCUAUGCUUUGCUUUGUUUCUGUAAUUAAACCCUUGUUUUCCCUUAUGACUCCAGCCUCCUAAUUAAGGCUGCCUGUACAUUCUGACUUAUGUAUAUAAAAGGAGGAAAGACUUUCAAAAUGGUUUAAGACUGCAAGGAUUAAAUUUGCACACUGUACACAUGUAACAUGUACAUGUAACCGUGUUUUAACAAGCCACACCAUAUGGCUUAAUGGGUUUAACAGGCCCCACAAUUUAACAAGAGACACAAUAUGGGUUAGCACAAUAUGUGGGCCAGGUCAUUGAUGCUACCUGAAUUUGUGGACAUUGCAAAGGAGAUUUCCUUUACCAUCCUGAGAACUGGAAGCAGCAACUUGAGCGUGAUGAUUUCUGCGAGUUCCAGCUAGGCGUCUUGUUUUGCUAUUUCAACAUUAUUCUGAGCAUGGCCUAUAUUAGAGGUGUCCAACCUUGGCAAUUUUUAGACCUGUGGACUUCAACUCCCAGAAUUCCCCAGCCAGCCAUGCUGGGAGUUGAAGUCCACAAGUCUUAAAGAUGCCGUGGUUGGAUAUCCCUGGCCUGUAUGAUCAAUGGCUCCUGCCUAUUUUCGCCCGUGUCUAAUGGAAGCCAUAAACGCAAAUGCACCUCUACCUUUUAUCAGCUGUGUUGGGAAUUUGGUAAUGAUCUGCCUUGCUGAGCACCCAAAAUUGAAGAAGCUUUGGGCUUCAGGCAUCUUUGGUACUUGCUGUAUCCUGCUGCCAAGGGUAAAACUAAUUUGAUGCUAAUUGUAUCAAUUAUGUUAUUAGCAGCACAGGAGCAGUAUUGAGCCAAUGCCAUCUUGGAUUUUGGCUUUCUUUGAGGUUGCAUCAACAGCCUUCAAGAAUUCCCUGGGGACCAGCCGAAUCCCACUUCUUCCCCAUAUCUGAUCCAAAGAGCUAUGGGAGAGUUGAUUACAGCCAUCCAUUUCAAGGAUGGUGAGCUCCCCCUCUUUCCCUGGCAUCUUCCUUAUGCAUUAGGCUGUGCUUGCUGCACUCAGUGCCAAGUCAGGGGAUUGCUUGUGCUCUCUCAUAAAUCAGGACACCAAUGCUGACAGCUAUUCUUCUGGGCCAAGAGGGGACAACUGGUAACUUUCCAGAUGGCUGAAUUAUAAUUAGCAGCAUUCUUCUCCACUGGCCCUGCUGGGAGUUGGACUUCAGCAUCUGGAAUCCCCAGGUCUUGCCCUGUUUUGGAACUGGAUAUUUCUCAAGGGGUAUUGUGGUCUACCAUCAUGCCAGGAACUAGAGCUUAGGGCACAGGGAUGCAAAAUAGUGAUAGUUUCAUUCUAGAGAGAUAGCAGCCAUAGUAAAGGAGGGAAAAGGGGCCUUGGAAUGAUACAAGACGGAGCAAGGCAUGUCACAUACCUUUUCUCUGUGUCACUAAGGGCUGGAGGAUACCUUCCUUGUAUGGGAGAUUUCAUUAUCAAAUCUGUGUUUGUAUAUAGAGAAAUUGCUUCAAUCCACUAACUGUACUGGGCCUUUCUGGAACCAUGAUGAUCUUCUAUCAUUCUGGCCAGCCUCACUGUUGUCUGUUUAGAAUCCACUCUGCAUUCCAUUAUAGAGGAAUAUUUUUAUUGUACUAAUACUCUGUUGCAAAAAUAGAGGACCCUUCUGUUGGCAACAGGUGUACACCUUUUUAGAGGGCAAGCCUGCAAACUGUAUACUUGAAAAGUAAAACUAGUGCUUCCCGAAACAAAUGUUCAGAGAGCCAUCAAUUCCCAUUAUUUGAAACUAUUCUUAAAUUUGUCACUGCAGUUGUAAGUGCGGGUGAGUGGGUCCAAAAUUUAAUCGUGCGAUCCUCGGGGCGCUGCAACAGCCAUAACUUUGAGAACAGUCAUAAAUAGCAUUUGUUCAGCACAAUCAUAAUUUUGAAAGGUCUAAGUGAGGACAACCUGUGUGUUAUAUAUGUGUUUUGUAAAUAUGCACAUUCAAACAUUUUUGAAACCAUAAAGAUAAUUUUUGUUUUAGGUUGCACAUACAGUAUAUACAUUAAAUAUUGGAGUCUACUUAACAGUUUUAGAUUUUCAUUUUAUGGUAAAAACCUAUAUAUCUACCGUGCAGACAUAUAGGUCCUAAAGUACUCUCUGUUUGCCGAUAGGAAACCAACUGGCAACCAAGAGAACAGAUUAAAUAGCUUUUCCUCCCAUCUUACAGUUUUGACUAUUAACACAUUAAUACUAAAAUGGAACAAGAAUAUGGAAGUUUCCAUUACUGGAAAGGUGCCAUGAAAAGGAACAGAUUAAGCCAAAACUGAAUAAUAUUUGGUUGAAUAUAGUGUGGAAGCCAAACUUCUGAUGUGAAGCUUUAUAGGUAUCAAACAAAGGUACUUUUGCUUCUACAAGUUUUUGCAGUCAAAUUAUGCUUCUCAUGAUUUUCACAUUGAAAUGACUGGUGGUAUCUUGUUCCACAUCAGUAUUUAUUGCUCUGCUGUAGUGUUAUGUAAAUAAAACAAACAUGAGAAGGUGUGGGUGUUGUUUUUUUAAUCAUGGUGCUAACGCUUCUGGAUUUCACAGAAAUAAAACCAAAUUCCUUUCUCUUGGAUUUGUAAGAACGGGCUGUUUUCAGAUCAUGGCAUUCCUCAGUAAAGUUCAAUAAAUGCUUUCCUGACUAUUUGAAUAGCCACUACAUCUGUCUUCAGUAGGCAAUUAAAUGGCAUUAGAUAUACUUAACAAGUUCAAAUACAUUUCUCAGCAACAAUCUCCCAAGCUUUAGUCCUGCCCAUAUUUGGAGUGUAGGACUUAACCACACUGCACAAAAUCUGAUGUGGACUUGACCCAGUGGAAAUGGUGUAUCUUUGCCCUGCAAUAUAGAUGUUCCAGAAAUACGUAUAUGCUUUUUUAAUCUGGCAUCUCAGCCCAAAGAUGCUUUAUAAGAAGUGCUUGCUGAUGGUCAUGGAGAAAAAUAUUGCCCUUGCCCUCCAGAUGUUUGGGCAUUCAGCUUCCAUUAUCUCCAGGUAUAGGUUAUUGACACUGAUGGCAAAAGAGACAUUCAGUGCAAAAUAUCUGAAGAGCAAUAGAUUGCUUGUUUUCUGCUUUUGGAAAGCACAGAGGAAAAAGGGUUGUACAUAGCCCAUCACAGUCUCUUAUGACUC